ACCCAAAAAAUAUUAUAUGAGAAAAUUGAGACGGGGUUGAGUUUUGCUCUAAUUUGGGGCUUCGUCUGGUAAUGACGACAUUGUCCGGCCAACCUUCGCUGCCACAGAUGCAUAGUCUCUUCUCAAAGCUCAGACCUUUCCUUUCUCAUUCGCCGUCUUUAACAGCUCCGUUCACUCGCCGGCGAUGUCUCGCGUUUAGCGCUCUCCCUACGACGAAAGCUAUCGACGCGGCGUUAAUGAAGGAGAAAUGGUUAGAUUCUCUCUCUCUCACCUCACUAGACGAAGAUACGACUCAGCAGAGUUCUGAGUCAAGCUGCGUCAUUGGAAUUGACCCUGAUUUGUCCGGUGCCUUGGCUCUUCUUAAAUUUGACCACUUGGGUUCUUCUUCUUCUGCUCAGGUUUUUGAUACACCUCACAUCCCAGUUUUAGUUGGGAAAAGAGUAAGAAAACGUUUGGACGCAAAGUCAAUUGUGCAAUUGAUUCAGAGUUUAGAUGUACCUUCUGGUAGCAGAGUAUAUAUAGAACAAUCGAAUCCGUUUCCCAAAGAUGGAAAACAGGGUUGGUAUAGUGGAGGAUUUGGAUAUGGGUUAUGGAUAGGAACACUUGUUGCUUCAGGUUUUUGUGUCAUUCCAGUUUCUGCAUCUUUAUGGAAGAGGCAUUUUCAACUUGCCAGUGGGAGUAGCACAAAGGACGAUAGUAGACGAGUUGCAGCGGAGUUGUUUCCAUCGCUUAGUUCGCUACUUAAGAGGAAGAAGGAUCAUGGUCGAGCUGAAGCACUGCUCAUUGCGGCAUAUGGUGAAACCCUUAGAACAGAGAAGCUGUUGAUCCCGCCACAAGAACUGGUCCCUCAGAUUAACUACUUAGAAAACCAGUUAGUGGGAGGUUCAGUAAUGUUAUAGUUUUCUUGGCUCAACUCUCAUUAAUUAAACAAUUACAAUUUGGAGUCUACUCCUAACUCUACUAAUUGUAUUUUUGCUAAGGCUCUGUUAAAUAUAUAACUUUAGUACCAUA